CCAAAUGUGCUUUCACUUUCGAAACUGAAUUCAGGAUUCCUGAGUGAGGCUUGGAGCUGUGCUUCUGUGAUAAGGAUGCCCCCUCCUCCUCUGCCCCAGGCGGUCCUUGUUGUCUUGGAGAAGAGCAACCGGGUGGUAGGCGGGGACAAGGGACCAGAGAACUAGAGAGCCCCGGCCCCUGCCUCAGGAAACUCCUGCACUGCCUGGCCAAAAGCCCCAGCGUCCGCGCCCGCCAGACACAUCUGCCAGCGCUCCUGCCAUCUUUGGGCGGGGUCCAGGCUCCAGCAGGGCGAGACCAGCUGCAGCAUGAACGCGCUGUGUGAAGCCAAUGGCGCCUUUGCCAUCCACCUCCUAAAGCUCCUGGGUCAGGACAACCCCGAGCACAAUGUGUUCUGCUCUCCUGUGAGCAUCUCCUCGGCCCUGGCCAUGGUCCUGCUGGGAGCCAAGGGCAGCACAGCGGCCCAGAUGGUCCAGGCGCUGGGGCUGAGCUCAGUGGAGGACCCUCAUGGAGGCUUCCAGUCGCUUCUCCCCCAGGUGCACAAGCCUGGUGCUCCGUACUCCCUCAGCAUUGCCAACAGGCUCUUUGGAGAAGAGAGCUGCGAAUUCCUGCCCUCCUUUCAGGAGUCCUGUGUGCGCUUCUACCAGGCCGAGCUGGAGCCGCUGUCCUUCGCCACAGCCCCAGAGAGGUCCAGGAAACACAUCAACGCCUGGGUGUCCAGGAAGACUGAAGGCAAAAUUCCAGAGCUAUUGGCAAAGAACUCCAUUGAUGAGGAGAGCAGGCUGGUUCUCAUUAACGCUGUGUACUUUAAAGGAAAGUGGGAUGAACAGUUUGACAAGUCCUGCACGAGGAAAAUGCCUUUUAAGAUAAACCAGAAGGAGCAGCGGCCAGUGCAGAUGAUGUUCCAGGAAGGCAAGUUUCCCUGGGCCCACGUGAGUGAGGUGCGGGCCCAGGUGCUGGAGCUGCCCUACGAGGGCCAGGAGCUCAGCAUGGUCCUCGUGCUCCCAGACGAAGGUGUGGACCUCAGCACGCUACACAGGCCCGCAGUCCUGCCCUGGCCAUCUCUCUGGCCUCUCCCGGCCUGGGAUGCUUUUCUCCCAAAGUCACUCAGAGUCCUGCCGUGUGUGUCCAGCGCUGAGCACCCCUGGGAAGAGCAGCAGCCUGGGAUGAUAAGCUCAGCACCACUGAUGAGCUGGGGACAGAGCGCAGGACAGGAGGACACCUCAUUUGUCAGGAGGAAAUGGCAGAAGAUAGAGAGCUGCCCCAGACAGGGUCAGGGGCCUGGAGAGCUUGACGCCCAUGGGCCUUUCUCUCUGUCUCCCCUCGCUGUUUUGGGGACCCUCAACCCCUGGACCUUGUCACAAUUCGCUUGGCUCCCUGGGGGCUGUCCUGGGAUUAAAUGGGCACCACUGCCUAUGUGGACAUUCCUCUUCGUGGGCUUCCUGUGACUUCUUUCUGCCCUUUGUCCCUCCAGGGCCUUGUCUUGGGGAGCAGGUGACUGGUUGGGAGGGGCGUUUGACAAGUCAGUUUAGUGUCAGUGGGCCUUGUGUGGGUCAGCAGUGGUACCCCAGUGACUCUGCAGUGAGGAAAACAUAUGAGCACCUGCACAGGUAUGAGCCCUGUGAGCCCACUGUGAGCCCUGGGGGGAGCUGUCCUUGUACUGGUCUCUGCCACUCCUGCACCCUGCAUGGUGGCAGGGACACCAUCCCGGCUCAGUGUGCCCAGUCUCUGGGCUCUGCCAUCUGCCUUCCCUCUGAUGUAAGUCCCCCUGCCACUCAUGCUCUCAGUGUCUUUCUCCGUCCAGUUUCUCUUUUUCUCUCAUUCCCUGUCCUUGUGGUUCUUUCCAGGGACUCCUUCCUGCAGGCAGCUAAACCCGUCCAGCCAGGCUUAUCUAGAAGCCUCAUGAGGCCCCCACUCUGCACUUUGACUACAGGCAGACCCAGUCCCCUGCAGCCUCAGGCCCCUGCCCUGGGUGGGUCAGGGCCACAGCCCUGUGUCCCUUGUUUACUAUCACUGGUUUGUCCCUUUCAAAACUAAGCCUUGGGCACAAAACCAAAGACUCAUAAAACUCUAAUCCCCCUCUGACACCUGAGUUUCAGCCCCUGGCACAGAUGUGGUUUGGGGUGGUGGGGAUCAGGCACCUCUUUCAACUCAGGAAGCAAGAUGUGGUGGCAUCUCAGAAGCAAGCCCAUGCAGGACAAGCCCGCAACCACACAAGAUUGUUGGAGGCUACAGGGCUCAGUCCAUGGUAGUCAGUACUACCCACCUGCCAGAGGAGGUCAGGUGCCCGUGGAGGGACAGCUGUGGGUGCCACUGAGGUCUGAAUGCUAAAGUCUAAUCCUGUGUUGCAGGUGGAAAAGAGCCUCACUUUUGAGAAACUGCAAACCUGGACCAGUCCAGAGCAGAUGAAGCAGACCGAAGUGGAAGUUUUCCUGCCGAGGUUCAAGCUGCAGGAGGACUAUGACAUGGGCGCCGUGCUGCAGGUCCUGGGGGUAGUGGAUGCCUUCCAGAUGGGCAAGGCCGACCUGUCUGGGAUGGUGG